AUGGUCCAUUUAUCCAAGAUAACCCUAGCCUUGGCUAGCAUCCUUCCUCAAUUAGUACAAGCAGCUGGUCUGCAUACUUCUGCGGUUGCGAAAGGAAAGCUAUACUUCGGAUCAGCCACCGACAACCCCGAGUUGACCGACACUGCAUACCUGGCCCAACUAAGCAACACAGACGACUUCGGUCAAAUUACUCCUGGCAAUGCGCAAAAGUGGGAUGCUACCGAGCCGACGCAGAACACAUUCUCUUUCACCAAAGGAGACGUUGUUGCUGACCUUGCUGCUAAAAAUGGUCAAAAGCUGAGAUGCCACAAUCUCGUCUGGCACAGCCAAUUGCCUAGUUGGGUCUCGAGCGGCACCUGGACCAACGCAACCCUCAUUGCGGCUAUGAAAAACCACAUCACCAAUGUAGCCACUCACUACAAGGGAAAAUGUUAUGCUUGGGAUGUCGUCAACGAAGCUCUGAACGAGGAUGGUACCUAUCGCGACAGCAUUUUCUACCAGACCAUUGGCGAGGCAUACAUCCCGAUCGCGUUUGCCGCCGCCGCUGCAGCAGACCCAGAUGUCAAGCUCUACUACAACGACUACAACAUCGAAUCAGCCGGCUCCAAGUCAACAGGUGCCCAGAGAAUCGUCAAGCUCGUGCAGCAGUAUGGCGCCAAGAUUGAUGGUGUUGGUCUGCAAGCACACUUCAUUGUUGGUAGCACACCUAGCCUGAGCGCGCAGACGACCAACAUCGCUGCCUUCGUGGCUCUAGGAGUCGAGAUUGCGUAUACCGAGCUUGAUAUUCGUAUGACCCUGCCAUCUACCGCUACCUUGCUUGCACAACAGUCAACUGACUACCAAAACACUGUGGCGGCUUGUAUUGCAAAUACCAAGUGUGUUGGUAUCACUAUCUGGGACUACACGGACAAAUACUCUUGGGUCCCUAGCACAUUCUCCGGUCAAGGUGCUGCCCUGCCUUGGGAUGAGAACCUGGUGAAAAAGCCCGCUUAUACCGGUAUUCUGUCGGCUCUUGGCGGCACUGCUUCCUCCGGUACAACGACAACUGUUGCUACUACUGCUGCUACUACCACAACUACUGCUAGCUCGGGCAGUACCACUGGAGUCGCUCUAUAUGGCCAGUGUGGUGGAUCCGGCUGGACUGGUGGCACUACAUGUGCAAGUGGGACUUGUAAAUACUUCAAUGACUGGUAUUCGCAGUGCCUCUAG